AUGGCACUGCCAUACACCACCCUUGCUCUUAUCUUCCUCGCCAUCGUCGCCACGGCCCUCAGUAGGGCUACCUUCGCCGAGGCCAAUGGGGAAGUAAGCAAGAAACAUGAUGCCAAUGCCACUGCUCCUGCAAAUCCAGCUCCAGCAGGUCAUCAUGUCGAGGCCUCCGGAAAUCAAGCGGCCAAUGGCGUUAAUGUCGGUGCUCCGGCAGGCUCCGUCAUCAAAGGCCAUCAUCCGCCAGGCAAAGGCCAUCACAAGAAGGGCGGCCAUCGCAAGAAAGGUGGCCACCGCAAGAAGGACGGCUAUCCUGCUGGUGCCCCUGCAGAUGCUCCUGCAAGUCCGGUGAGCGCGGCUCAGCCUGCCAGCGCUCCUGCAAGUCCAGUGACCGCACGUCAACCUGCCCAAGCCCCUGCAGCACCUCCUUCGACUGCAACUCCUCCUACCGGUGGUCGCGUUCAGAUACCGCCGGAGCUGAAGAAUCUACUGCCUAGCCUCCCACCAAGCGCCGAGCCUCAAGAGAUUAAGGAGCUCAUAAGCAAGGCCACCGGAGUGGAUCCAUCUAAAAUCCCAGAAAUCACUGAUCCUAAACAGAUCGAGGAUAUCAUAACCCAGGCCGCUGGGGUGAAGCCAUCUGAUGCUUUGGCUGCCUUUCAAGAGUCUGGUGGUCUGGAAGCCAUACUAACAACUGGGGCACUUUCACCGAGCCGUAAUGCUGAAGUAGCAGGAACCCCUUCCUCCACCAAAGAAGCAAGUGGUGCCUUCACCAUCGGAGCAACCCCCAUGGCUAUUGCCUUAAUGGCCGCAGUGGCUGCUGGGAGCUUCAUCUUCUGA